GCGCUGCGCCUCCGCCUCUAGAAAGUGCAACUCAUGAACUGAAUCACAUGAUCAAUAGUCCUUGGUCAUCCGGACAUAAACCUCGUUCACAAAUACAUCGUCAUAGCGCACCGUAUUUAACCAAUGAAGGUAGCGAUAGCGCCAGUUGUCCGCCAGUUUGAGGUCCUGUUGGUUGUCCGGAGACAUUUACAAACAAUUUGACGGACUUUGGUUAGUUUUUUACGACACCGAUCGUCAAAGGCAACGAAAGAUAGAAACAGUGAUUUAAUGAAACCCCUGGUUCUGAAGGAUGUGACGCGAUCCGAACAUUACUCAGCAGGUUUUCUGAAAUAUCUUUGGGAAAUGAAGUCACAAUUCAUGAAAAACAAACCGGUGCCAAGAAAUACAUGUCGGUGAACAUGACUGUAUACUAAUUGGAUGAAGUACAUUUGAUGCAGACUUGAGACUUUGUAGAACUUUGUGAAAAUCCAUCUUUUCUCAAUAAAAUAACUUCAACCGGGACAUUGUGAAACGCACACCGAGCACUGAAAUCGGUCUACGAUAAGCGGAAGUUUUGUCUUUAGUUAUCACUGCAACUACAGAAUGAACCCGGACCCUUACGUGUACUCGCGGUAUAACCUUGGAUCUCGGAAGUGGGCGAGGGAGACACUGGAUGGCUUCAUCCCGCGCUGUGACCGGCCAAGGAACAUCCUCGAUGUUGGCUGUGGGACAGGGGAGGUGACCCAUCUUUUGGCGGAGAGGUUCCCUAAGGCUAAAGUCGUAGCCGUAGAUAAGCUCCCAUCAAUGGUCCAGUACGCCAAGGACCAAAACUCCACAGACAGGAUCGACUUCUUCGUGAUGGACAUCCAAAACAACGAACUGACGCAGGAUUCCUGGAGGAAUAACUUUGAUUUCGUCUUCUCCUUCCUCUGCAUGCAGUGGGUGGAAGACCAGCUAGCUGCCCUGAGGAACAUCUACAGCCUGACUAGACCGGGAGGAGAGGCGCUGAUAGUGCUUGGCGUCAAGCCUUCCGCAGCUUUCCUGAGACUCAUGAAGGAGCUCAAGGAGCAUCCAAGAUGGAAACAUUAUCUUGAGAACUUUUCCGCGAUGCAAUGGAAUACUUCGAAGAACGGCCUGAUACGCUGGAGGAUACCGGAUCCAGUGAGCGGUUACAGCAACGUGGUGAAAGAUGCUGGUUUCACUAUUCUGUCGGCAAAGACGAAGGAGUAUGAAUACGUUCCGGAUUCAGAUGAUAGAUGUCGAGGUAUGCUUGAGAUCCUUCUACCUCACGUGAGAGCAAUCCCUGAAGAUAACCGACAGGAAUUCAUGGACGAUGUAUUAGAAUUAUACAUGACCUUCUGCCCCAAGACAGUGGACAAACGGACAAUAUGGACACCAACAUUAUUGCUGGUUCACUGUGUGAAGGAGAUGGAAACCGCAGCUAUGAACAAUGAUAGGAAAGAAGAGCAGCCAUCUACUUCUCAAUCUAAGAGAAAAACUUUUUUUUUAAAUUUUGGACCGACAUGUAUGAAUUGUUGUCGUGGUUUUGAUUGCUGAUGUUCUGCACGAUGAUGAUGAUGAAGAUGAUGCAUCGACUUCUUUCGCAACUUCUUCCAGCAAUAAUUUGGCAUCAAUCAAGCUUUGUCCGUACACAAUUUAUUUUGGUCAGUCGUAAGACCAUGCUUGUUCGGCGCAGAAAACGUACACU